AUGGGAGCAGAUAACCAUACUUUGGUGAGAGAAUUCAUUCUCCUUGGCCUGUCCAGUGACUGGGACACUCGGGUUGCUCUCUCUGCUCUCUCUGUCCUGUUCUUGGUUAUGUACCUGGUGACAGUGCUGGGGAGCUUCCUCAUUAUUCUUCUGAUCAGACUGGACAGCCGACUCCAGACUCCCAUGUAUUUCUUUCUCACCAACCUCUCCCUUGUUGAUGUCUCUUAUGCCACAAGCAUUGUCCCUCAGAUGCUGGUGCAUUUUCUUGCAGAACAUAAAGGAAUCCCAUAUGUGAGCUGUACAGCCCAGUUAUUUUCCUCCCUGGGCCUGGGUGGGAUUGAGUUAGUUCUUCUGGCAGUGAUGGCCUAUGACCGCUAUGUGGCUGUGUGUGACCCCCUGAGAUACUUGGUCGUCAUGCAUGGAGGGCUCUGUAAGUUGGCUAUCACAUCCUGGGUCAGUGCCUCUGUCAGCUCUCUCAUGCAGACCACCAUCACCUUUCAGUUGUCCAUGCACAACAAGUAUAUUGAUCACACAUCCUGCGAACUCCUAGCUGUGGUCAGGCUGGCCUGUGUGGACACCUCCUCCAGUGAGAUCGCAGUCAUGGUUUCUAGUAUUGUUCUGCUGAUGACACCUUUCUGCUUGGUUCUCUUGUCCUACAUCCAGAUCAUCUCCACCACCCUAAAGAUCCAGUCCACAGAGGGGAGAAAGGAAGCCUUCCACACCUGUGCCUCUCACCUCGCAGUAGUUGUCGUGUGCUGUGGCGUGGCCCUUUUCACUUACAUCCAGCCACGCUCCAGCCCUUCUGUCUUUCAGGAGAAGUCGAUCUCUCUCUUCUGUGCCAUUUUGACACCCAUGCUGAACCCCAUGAUUUACAGUCUGAGGAAUAAGGAGGUGAAGGGGGCCUUUCAGAAACUACUAGGGCAGUUAUCUGGAUUAACGUCAAAACUGGCAACUCGAUGA